UACAACUUUUAGAACAUAUUUUCUAUUUAUUUGCUAAGUUGAACAUAUUGGGGAAAAAGAUGUGAGAUAUUUAAUGUGUCGUAACUUUUAUAAUUUGGAAGACAGACAGGGAUCGCAUGCCAUGUUCUCUGAAGAGCCCAUGUGUCAAAAUAAAUUGAUUUUUUAUUGAUUUAUUUGAACACUUCAAGUCUUCAUUAUGUCUUAUUUCAAGGUUCACUGUAACUGCCUUUGUUUUUGCGUAUUUUUAGUAAACAGUGAUCAGCUCAGGAUAUAUAUCAAAAUGUAUUUAACAACCAAAUAACGCCACAGAGGUUGUUGAGUUUUUGUUUUUUCAUUUUUUUACAUGGCCUUUUUAGUUUGACAGCCUUGCUGUAGAGGAUGUUAACUUUUUUUCACUUAAAACAAAAUGACAAACGUCAGACCAAACUGCAUAGGACAGUGUUUCCAGGUCAUUGACAGUGGAGUCUAUAAAAGUUUUGGAAAGUUACAAUUUAAAAACAUACAUGCAUUAUUUUGAAUAUACCAUUAAUGAAUUAAUCAAUUGUUAACUUUUCUUAUUUUCAUAAGCUUCUGUCCACAGUUAAGGGUGUUCAGAGAAGGCAAAAUGAAAAUACUGAGCCGAAACUGUGUGGUAUAUCCUGCUGGCUGUUUUGUAUCAUGUGCUAGAAGAAGCCAAACACCUGCCCAGACAUGAUGGGGAACUGCCAGGCUUGCUGCAACCGUCCCAAGAACACAAAUAUCCGGAUCAGUCUGCCUGCCAUCUGCUUUGUGUGGCAGAUUUCUAUGAUCAUCCUGUUUGGGGUCUUUGUGCGCUAUGAUGAGGAGUCGGAUUCUCACUGGGUUGAAUAUAUGCAUAAGAACAACAUUACAAGCCAUGUGGAGAAUGAUUUCUAUUACAGGUAUCCAAGUUUCCAGGAUGUUCAUGUCAUGAUCUUUGUUGGUUUUGGUUUCCUUAUGACCUUCCUGAAGCGCUACAGCUUCAGUGGAGUGGGCUUCAACUUUCUGAUUGCUGCCUUUGGAAUUCAGUGGGCCCUGCUGAUGCAAGGCUGGUUCCACUCACUGGACCCAACUGACGGGACCAUCAAAAUCGGAAUUGAAAAUAUCAUCAAUGCUGACUUCUGUGUGGCUGGGUGUCUAAUCGCAUUUGGAGCCUGUCUGGGAAAAGUCAGUCCUGUACAGCUGAUGGUGAUGACUCUCUUUGGAGUCACGUUGUUUGCAGUGGAGGAGUAUAUCAUCCUUAACAUUAUUCAUGCUAAAGAUGCAGGUGGGUCUAUGACCAUCCAUACCUUUGGAGGAUAUUUUGGUCUGGUCAUAUCAUGGGUUCUGUAUCGACCAAAUUUACAUCAGAGUAAACGUCUGCAAGGCUCCCACUACCAUUCUGAUGUCUUCGCCAUGAUAGGAACCCUCUUCCUCUGGAUGUUCUGGCCCAGCUUCAACUCUGCCAUAGCGAAUCAUGGAGACGGACAGCACCGAGCAGUCAUCAACACCUACCUGGCCUUGGCUUCCAGCGUUGUCACAGCCAUCGCCAUCUCCAGCCUCUCCCACAGAAGAGGCAAACUGGACAUGGUUCAUGUCCAGAAUGCCACCCUAGCUGGAGGCGUAGCCAUGGGUACAGCAGCUGAAUUUAUGAUCAUGCCCUACGGCUCACUCAUCGUUGGCUUCUGUUGUGGAAUCCUGUCUACCUUUGGCUAUUUGGUGCUUACUCCAUUCCUGGAGAAACAUAUGAAGAUCCAGGACACUUGUGGAAUCCACAAUCUGCAUGCUAUGCCUGGUUUGCUAGGGGGAGUCAUAGGCGCCAUCACAGCUGCCACCGCAAGCAAAUCUGUCUACGGACAUGAAGGGUUGGUGAACACUUUUAACUUCGUGGAUGAAUUUGCGAACAGAUCGGUGGGCACACAGGGGGCUCAUCAGGCUGCUGGACUGUGUGUGGCUCUCAUUUUUGCACUGGGCGGUGGAGCGUUGGUGGGUGGGAUCCUGAAGUUGCCUCUCUGGGGAGACCCUGAGGACUGCAACUGCUUUGACGAUGAAGUGUACUGGGAGCUGCCUGAAGAUGAGGAGAGCAUCCCUGCUAUUAUUGAAUACAACAACCAGAUGGACAGCAAGCGCUUUGAUAUGGUGGAGUCCAACACGUUAACAGUCUCAACCUGACUGAUCGGUCACAAACCACUGAACACUUAUGUGCUCAGUGAUAAAAGCCCCAGUGCACAACCAGAUGCUUGAUGAAUUGCACACUAGUUCUAUAUUUGCAGCCGUUCAGCUGCCCCUAACUACAUAUUCCUCUUCAGUGGUCUGACUCUCCUGCUGACAUCUACAUACCUGUAAGGUUCAUUCCUAAUCCAGAUUUUGUGUGGCUGUUCCAGCUGUUUAACUAUGUUUCUAGGCUAAAUAACCCAAGCUAUGUGCUGACUCCUUUUGGGAAACUGUGAACUAUAGCAUAUUAGGUAUAACCUGUAAAUGUGCAAAUAACUUUGUUUUAUAUAGAAAGUGCACCAGUGUCUAUAUUAAAGUCUCUUUUUAACUGUAAAACCUUUUGAAGUUUGUUACUCUUGGCAAUUAAAUACCUCAGUGACACGAA